GGAAAGUGCAGAGGACAAGGGAAAGGCCUGAGCCCUCCGGAAAGUCAGCAGUGCCCUGGGCCCCGGCCGCCCGAGCUCUGCGGCCCUUGUCCCCCAAGCUGGCGGGGACAGAGCCAGGUCGUAGCAGCGCGGAGCGGCGUGAGGGAUGUGGCCGGUCCCCAGCCUGAGCGUCCCCGAUGGCCCGCGGCGCGGCCUGCGAGAGCGACGCGCGGCUCCUGCUCGGCCGGGAGGCGCUGCGCCCAGUGCCCACGCUGCUGGUCCCGGCCGUGCUGCUGGGCGCCGCGCUGGGCUUGGGCCUCGGCCUCUGGCUGGGCCGCCGCGCGGGCCGCCUAUGCCUCCAGCACCAGAAAGAUGACGCUCAACUUCUGCUCAAGAAUUUGGAGCCUAAUGCACAGAGCCCCUCAGAAGCUAGCUCCCCGAUCCCAAGGCGGAGGAAGAGAGAAACACAGAUCUCCCAGGAGGAGGAGGCUGCGGAGGAAUGUGAGCCAUCUUUCAACAGCAACAUCACUGCAUUUGCUCUGAAGGCCAAGGUCAUUUACCCCAUCAAUCAGAAGUUCCGGCCUUUGGCUGACGGCUCCUCCAACCCGUCCCUGCAUGAGACCCUGAGGCCAGCGGCCCUGCCACACCAGCCAGGGGGACCCUCGCCUUCCAGCAGCCUGGGCAGCCUGAGCCCAGCCGAGAAGGAUGACGGCAGCUCCUCCUGCAGCUCCCGCUCAGCUGCCAGCGAGGACCGGCUGCUGUGCCACGCCUUCUUGCCAUCAGGCAGCUUCCCCGAGGUGCUGGCCUGUGAAAGUGCGGACAUCAACCUGUGUGUCUAUUACCUCCAUCUCAAAGACCUGCAUCGCUUGGAUACAGUGCUGCGGCAGGAGCAGCACAUGAUGUUUAUUCAGAUUUUUAAAAUGUGCCUCCUGGACCUUCUUCCUAAGAGGAAGUCAGAUGAUGAAUCGCACCAGAAGAUCCUUUCAAAGCAAGAGCACGAUUUGGAGGAAUUAGAGAAGGAACUUCGGGUCAAACUGGCGAACGUGGAAGCACUGAGCACCAAUGACUCUGGGUACAUCACCCUAGCAGAUGUGGAGAAGAAGGAGAGAGACUGCGCAGAGCAUCUCACAGACCACAUGGAAGCUUUCUGGAAACACAUGGAAAACAUCCAGAACUCUCUUGUGGACCAAUUUAAAUGUUCCAGCGCCAAGGCCCGGCAGCUCAUGAUGGCUCUGACAGCGAGAAUGAUUGUGGCUGAAGGGCUCUUGCGCCAGUCUCAGGAUCUGCAGGCUCUGGACACUGUGCAGAGGACGCUGGGCAGGGUGCACAUGGCCAAGUUGAUCGAGUCCCUGCGGACACAGAUCCAGGAGGAGACCAAGUGCCGCCUGGCAGCCAUGUCCCACAGCCUGGACCUGCUCACUGCACAGGGGACGCUGUCUUCACGACAGAAGGAAGACUUGCUGGCGCAGCAGCACAAGGCCUUCUGGGAAGAGGCUGGGCACUUUGGCCAGGAGUUUGUGCAGCACAGCAAAGACCUGGUGCAGGCGUCUCUGGCUCGCCAGGCAGAAGGGACGGCCAAGCUUUCACUGGCCCACGAGGAGGAACGAAGGAGCUUCCUGGCUGAUUCUCCGCUGACCUCAGACCCGGAGGAGUUCCUUAAGGCUUUCCAUGAGGUGCUGGAGCGGCAGCGGCUGAAGCAGAGUGACCUCGAGGAAGAGGAGGACAUCAGAGCCACUGAGGCUGCCGCUGCACUCUGCCAGGAGCUGUACCGCAGCACCAUGGACACCUUCCAGCGCCUUGCGGACGCCCUGUUCUUGCACACACUGCCGGGGCUCAGUGGUCUCCCCAGGACGGAGUGCAGCACCCUGCAGCAGGAGAUGCAGGAGGGUGCAGCGCAGCGGCGGGGGCACUCAGACCGCUUCCGGAGACAGCAGUGGGGCCUCCUGCAGGAGCUGCUGGAGCACGACAGGCAGGAGUGGCUGGAGGAGUGUGCGCUGUCCGAGGUGCUGCAGACCCAGCUGCGGGAGGAGCAGGAGGCGACCGUCCUCGGAGUCCUGGGCAGGCUAGGCGGCCUCACGGAAGAGUCCACGCAGGGCAUCCUGCAGGGCCACCAGCUGCUCCUGCACUGUGUCCUCCGCAGACUGGGCCUCCGCAGCGACGCCCUGGCCACCCUGGCGCAGAUGCGGUUGUCGGGGAAGAAGAGGCUCCUGCAGGAGCUCAGGGAGCAGCACGCGCUGGAGCAGGCCGCCUCGCCGUGUGUGGACGAGCACCAGUGGCAGCUGCUCAAGGCCCUGGAGGCGCGCGCCCAGGAGGAGUCCAGCCGGCUGGAGGUGGACGCGCAGCGCACGCGGAUGCAGCUGCAGCAGCAGCUGCUGGUGGAGGCCCAGGACGUGCGGCAGCGGCUGCAGGGGCACUCGGAACGGGCUGUAGGGCAGGCGCUGCUGCUGCACGCGAGGAACGCGGCCACCAGGAGCCGCGCCCAGGACGGCGAUGACUUCCAGCGGACUCUGGUGGAGACUGCGGUAGAGAGCGUCUACGUGACCAGAGCCAGCGUAGGCCGCCUUGCGCAGGCGCAUUACCAGCGGCUCGGGAAGGCGGCUCAGGAGCACACGGAGCGGACGCUGCAGCAGCUCCAGGCACUGCAUGGUGAGAGGAUCGACAGCUACAAGCUACAGAAAAAGCAAGCCAUGGACGAGCCCUCAUCAAGGAGGCCGGCAGGGGGCAGCGCUGCCCAGGAAAUCCCCCACAGGCUACUGUCCCAGCAGAGGAGGUUCCAGGCCCAGUUCACAGCGCACCAGCGGCUCCGCCUGGACACUCAGAGGCAGAAGGCUGGGGUCCUGGCCCAGCUGGAGGCCCAACUGGAGGCCCAGCUGCAGGAAGCCGAGCAGACCUUUGUCACUGAGCUGGCAGCGCUGACCCGAGUGCCCCUGAUGGACCACAAGCCAUGCCCUAGUAAGCUGGGGCAGCCGGAGAAGCCACUGAGGACCAAAAGAAAGAAGCCCCCACUCCAGGAAAGAGGGGACCUGGGGUCACCCAACGAUGACCACUCCAUCUCCAAAUCACCCAGCACCAAAAGGCUGAGUCAGCAAGAAAGCGACGCAGGUGAGGGUGACAGCUCCAGGAAGAUGCUAAAGAAAAGAAGUAAUCUGUAGCUCUGGAGGAGGACUGGGCUGGAGCCACACAGCUGUCACCUCCCAGCCAUGGCCCAUGAUCUGACCACAGGAGGCCCGUGGUGAGGGGACUGGAGAGGGAGGGUGUCCGAGCGGGCCCUGCAAGGCCUGAGUGGGGACAACAGUCCCAGAGCAGGGCAGUCAGAGCUGCUUCUGGGAAGGUUUGAGCUCUGCCUCUCUCCUCUGUGGACCCUGGCCCACCCCUUCUCAGUUACCCACCAUCUCCAGAAGAUCCCUCUUCUGUCCCCUACCACACCCUAUUGUGAACCCUACCUGUCCCACGCUGUGGCCCUGUCCCAGCCAAGAACCCUCUGUCCUGCACUUCGUGGGGUCUCAGCCAUCCUGGCGUUUCCUGGAUCCGAGGUCACCACCUGUACCGCCUCCAACCCCGCCUCUCCCAGUGUCACACACUGCCGCAUACACUAGCCAUGGGCUAUCUGGUCUCCCCAUCAGGAACAACACCUGACUUGGUGCUUCCUGUCCUUCACUUAGCCAGUGCUGAGACCCAGGGACCCAGGAGAGGACUGAGUCCGGGGUCAACAGCUCUGCUUACACCCUGAGGUCCUAGCCCCCCAGGCCUGUCCUGACCCAUGGGGCUGUGAAGCCCCAGAUUCUCAUCCCCUGUGUCAAGGACUCUUUGGGGUCCUCGAAGUUGUGGACAGAGGCUGUGGCCAGCCAUCAGGCCGUGGCACAGUUAGGAAGCCCUGGUACCAACCAGCAAUCUGUCCCUUGUGGAGAAGGGGCCCUAGGCCACCCCGCACAUGAUGAGGAUACUUGAUGGCACCCAUGCCAACCACACAUGCACCACUGCCAGAGGCCAACCAUGCCCUGCCCACAUCUCAGACAGAAAAUUCCCCUCAGUGACACUGAGGACACACCGCCUGGCAGUGUGGACACUGGGCCGAGAAGACUUCUUGUUUGGGGCCUGAAGGCCACUGGUGUGGAUGGAGUGCUCACGUCAGGCCCAGUGGAGACGGAGCCCGGAGCUCAUGGGGCCUGAGGCUGGGAUUCCUGAUGUGCGGACCCCGCCCUGACUCGGGACACAGAGCUCCACGUGGGGUGCUUCUGUGAGGACUCCUCACCCCAGUGCCUCAGUGACAGGGGGGCUUUGGCUUUAAAUUGGCACACAGGACCCUGUCCUUUCCCCUACAGAGGCCUCCCUGGGCCUGACCCCUUGGGUUCCCUGUGACUCCCCCCUCACCCCCCGCAGAUCCCUGCUCAGUCCCAAAUAAAUGCAGGACUCAUCAGAACUUA